AUCUAAACUUCCGUACCAAGUGGCCACAAACUGGGAAAUGUGGCCACUGUUGAAAGAUACAUUCUGCAAAUUUGUGGCUGUGGACGCCCCGGAUCAAAGCCAGCCAAUAGGCAGCGCGCUCCCCUAUCCGGUCAGGAUUCCAUCCACCUAAACAAGCUUUUCACCACUCCAUACUAUCCUUCCUCCAUAGCUUAGCUUGCAAAGUUCUUUGCGAAACAUACACACACCGCAAAUCCCACAUUGCUAUGGCGACUGCGGUGUGUGCUUCCUCCACCAUCGCUGUAGCACCCUCUUCAAGCGCUCAAAAGAAGCCGAACGAGAUCGUCUCCGCAAAGACCACCUUCCUCGCCGGGCGACCACUGAGGAACAAGGCUCACGUCGCAAAGGCAGCCAAAGCGGUCUUCUCUGUGACAGCCGCGGCAGCGACCGAGAGACCCCUGUGGUUCCCUGGAAGCACUCCUCCGGCCUGGUUAGACGGAAGCCUGCCAGCAGACUUUGGAUUCGAUCCUCUCGGCCUUGGCUCGGAACCGGAACUUCUCAAGUGGUUUGUCCAGUCGGAGAUUGUGCACUCGAGAUGGGCCAUGCUUGGCGCUGCUGGAAUCUUCAUCCCCGAAGCUCUCACCAAGCUCGGAAUUCUCAACACUCCUUUCUGGUACACUGCUGGCGAGCAGGAAUACUUCACUGACCAGACCACGCUCUUCAUCGUGGAGAUGAUUCUUCUUGGCUGGGCCGAAGGCAGGAGAUGGGCCGACAUACUGAAACCAGGCUCCGUCAAUACGGACCCCGUCUUCCCCAACAACAAGCUCACAGGAACAGACGUGGGAUACCCCGGUGGAUUCUGGUUCGAUCCAUUCGGCUGGGGAACUGCUUCGCCUGAAAAGCUCAAGGAACUCAGGACCAAGGAGAUCAAGAAUGGAAGACUUGCAAUGCUUGCCGUCAUGGGUGCCUGGUUCCAAGCUGUAUACACUGGUGCACGUCCGAUUGACAACCUGCUGGCUCAUCUCGCCGAUCCUGGACAUGCAACGAUCUUCUCGGCAUUCACGAGCCAGUAAAAAGUCUCUCUUUUGCGCGUAUAACUGUAUGUGCAUAUAGACCCCCUUCGGUUUCAAUGGUGAUCAAAUUGCCUUUAGUUCGAACGCCAUUCUUGCAAAAAUGUACACAGCUUGUAUUAGACAAUAUAUAUCCAGAAUAACGAGUUGUUUCUCUUA